CGUCAUGCUUCAGCUGUUCCAACCUUUGCUUUGCUGAUGAGCAGUGGUUGCAUGGCAGCUGAACGCAUGUACUUGCUUGUUCUUACUAACAGUUUUAUCAUCAGGAUUCAUUCCAUCAGUUUUUUUGUUUGAUGUUGUUAUUGUUGUUGUUGCAAUUAAUGAGAAGGCCUUUUCACACACUGGUACAGGAAAAGUGACAAAAUGAGCCAGUGAUCAGGAACCCGGCUUUUCCCACAGGUUGUCGACGUGAAUGUUAGUCCAAACACACAAGGCUGCCAGACUAACCAGAGGAUUACGCAGAGUACAUUCCAAAGCCUUAAUCUGUACUGCAUGACUUGUGGUCACUGGAAAUAUUUCACAGCAGUCAGGAAAACAAUGUUAUUUUCGGCAAAUUAUAUGAUAAGAGGAAAACCAGCUUCAGCACCAUCUAUAUUGUUGUAGCUACUCUGCUGCCAACCCUGUCUCCUUGAAAUUAUAUUUCCACACAACAAAACUGUUUUUUCAGUUAUGUUUGUUAUGCUUGCCAGCUGUCCCUCAGAACGCUGCCACGCUGCCAUGCCCCCUCACCCUGACCGACGCAGUUGAGUCGCAUUGUCAACAGUCCGCUCCAGGGAAGGGGGACGUGGCGGCGUGAGUGACCCAGUCCUUCGGAUUUUUUUCUGUAUGUGGCCCUCGGGACAAAAAGAUUGGACACCCCUGCUUUAAAGGAUCAAAAAGAAAAUGAAAAUUUGACCAGAACAUUCUCCACUGAUAAAAGACUGCAAUCAAAAGUUUCAGGCAAUGAAUGUAGGAAAUUCCUGUUAUGUGGAGUUUAUGAAGAGUACCGUUGAUUGCUGUUGGUCCUUACUUACCUUUAUGACAAAAAGCUUUCGCUGAUGUGUUUUUGACUCAAAUUGUUUUGUUUUUUUUCAGAGCUUUUACCAUCAUCUGAUGGCUCAAUUUCCUAUGAUAACCUUAGACAAGACAUAAGCCUAUUCCUCCAGAAUACAUCUGUUCCUAUGCCAAUGCCUGAAAACACAGCACUCGGCACCAUCUCACAGGACACAGGACAUUUUGCUGAGGUAGAUGGACCAGUAGGUAGACAGCCUAACUCCAGUGUUCUGAGGGGAAUCCUUAAGCACUUGUACAAUUCAUCAUCUGCAGACUCUCUGUUAUCUCCCCUGGACCUGCAGAAUUCAGAUAGCCUGGAUUCUCCAACUGAGAUCUGGAUAGACAGGAAGCAGGUGAGAUUCAGCUCCAUGGUCAGUCAGACCGGAGUGGAGUGGCAGAAUGGGAAGGAGAUGGGAGAGCACAGUUUGCUUGACAUGGACUCCAUAACUCCCUCUGAGACGGAAAAUAACUGUGUGAACAACUCUUACCUUGAGUUAACGGACUGUACCAGCUCUGGGACACACAGGCCAAUACUCAACCAGUGUGGAUGGGAUUCACAAGAGGCUGAAGUCAGUUUCAGAAAUGAGGCAAACAUGAAAGAGCAAGAAGCUGGACAACAGCAGGUCCUUGGUGGUGUCUUUGAGCACUGUAACCCGGAGCUCCUUGGCCCUGCAGUGCCCAGCUUUGUUUCCGCUGAGCAGGUGCAAGGUAAGCCUGCUCACCUGGAGACAGAGCCUGAAGAGGAACGUUGCUCUCAGGCUCAGCCCACAGAUUGGCCAACCAGACACAACCCUCAUCCUCAAAACCUACCUGAACAAAGCACUGACCUUUCUUUUGACGCCACCUCAGAUACCACGUCACCAAAUAGUGUCAGCUCAGGGAGGUUAUCUCAUGCUGUUUCACCCCAGCCUAGACAAAGACUGCUUGGUAUUUUUAGAAGACAGAAAAAUAAAAUAGCUGAAGUGCAGAUUCCACAGAGAGAAGGCAUUUUGAUUCAGGAGAAAGAACUGGGCAACACACCAAAUACCUCCCUCAGUGCUACAGAUACAGCUAUGGGCAAAACUGCAAGUGUCACACAUGAAGCUAAACCCACAGAGAUGACAGAGGUCAGAACACUACAACUCACAGCACUGCAGAAUACUUCAUUUGAGGAGACAGUGGCCACAGUAGAUGAAGACACUCAUAAGGAUGCAACAAAAGGCAAAGCUGUUCAGUUUCCACAAAGACUCUCCGACCUGAAAGCUUUCUGGGAGAGAGAAAACACUGGUCCCAAAAUCAAAUUUCUCAGGGAAGACACAAACCAAGGAGACAUCUCCAAGACAGGAGCAGACACCUCACAUGGCCCUAAGACAUAUGUGGAGAGCUUAGACGAUACAUUAGCUCAAAACGAUACAAUUGACGAUACAGCUGGCAGGUCACAAGAAAAUAUUUUUUUACCACAAACUGAAUGUAGCCUCGUUAUAGUUUUAUCAAACGAGGAUGGCACCUAUAGAGCUAAUCCAGUGCUCAUAUAUGAAGACACAGAUGACUCUUUGACUGGUUCAGUAACUGAGUCACAGGAAAUCCCUCCUGUGUGUUCCUCUGUAGUUGUUAAUGCUCCAAAGCAGCAAGAAGGUGAUCCAGUCUCUCUUCCCAGUCAGUCCAGUUCCAGUCCUCAAGAGAAUAGGCCAGCCAAGAUCACUGAGCUUGAGAAUUUAAGGCAGACAGAAUAUACUGAACCCACGGAAAACACUGCAAUUGUCAAGAAUGCAUUGAUCAGCUCAAUACUCGGGGCCAAAAUGGUUUCAACUCAGUCUGAUCAAAGAACACCUUUAGAUAACAUAGCUGAGUCUGAGGGAGAACAACCAAAGUCUCCAUGUAAAACCAACUUGAAAGUGACAGACAAAGGUUUUGUUACUCAGAGUCCAGAAAGGCCACAGCUGAGUGGUUCUGGCAGUGCUGGGGAUUUACACUCAACCUGUCACCAACAAGUCAAGGCUGAUGCAGAGUCUCGACAAAGGCCCCUCAGUCCCGGUAAAUCCAAAAUGCCAAGAUCAAAAGACCCGGAUGAAGAAGUCAGGAUGAGUCCAUCUAAGACCUGUCACCCAAGGGUCCUACCAAGAGAAUCCGCCAUUCCUACGAGAUCCAGGCUGGAGGAUUCUCCUUUGAAAACCUUUUCAAUAGACAUCAACCCUCAAACUAAGGCUUUUGAAGAGCAACAGAGGAAGCCAUCACCAGUGCCAAGACAGAGAAAGAGUCCUUCACAGGGGGCAAAGCAAACAGCAUUAACAGAUAUCAAACCUAGCACUGACAUCCCCUUAUGUCCUCUACCCUUACAUGCAGAGGACAGAGAGGAUAACUAUGAUAACAUAAACACACAACAAAGUAAUUCAAGUUCCGCUUAUUUAACACAGUCCAAACUUCGGACCUUUACACGCCUUGCCAGAUCUUUUAUCCCUCAGGAUUAUCAGCACUACCUCGGGCCACAGAAGAGGGCCCAUGUCCCUCCUUUUCACCAAGAGAAAGAAGUUACUGGUUAUGAUGAGAGUCCCAUCAGGUCAGCUUUGAAACGAUUAUCUUCAAGGGUGUCUUCAUCAAAAAGUCUGGAAAACCUCACCUCACAACCAAGAGAAGAGAUGACAAAACAUGAAUCAAGGCAGCAAAGUGUGGAUGAUGUUUCAUCACUUCCACCAUCAGCCUCUGCUCUGUCCAGCUCAAAGCAGAAAAAGACCAGUGUGUCAGUGCCUGUUCUCCAGCAGGACGAGACAGACAGUGACAGCACUUUUGAGACCAACUUGGGCUGGAGAAGAAACACAGGCAGCUCCACAUCAAACAUCAGCCUCUCCUCAGGAAUGGCCUCCAUGUUGUCUAUCAGCGGCAGCACCAGCAGCAGCAUUUUCCCUGGAGACCUUGGUGACAUUGAAGUCCAGGGAAACAUCCAGUUUGCUGUAAACUACAUCCAGAAGCUGGGAGAAUUUCACAUCUUUGUGGUGCACUGCAGGGAACUGGCCGUGGCCGACACAAAGAAGAGCCGCUCCGACCCGUAUGUCAAAUGUUAUCUUCUUCCGGACAAAACAAAGUUUGGGAAGAGAAAAACCACAGUAAAAAAGAAAACGGUUAACCCCAACUACAAUGAAAUCCUUCGAUUUAAGAUCAUAAUAGAAGUGUUGAAAACUCAGAAUCUGAAUGUCUCUGUGUGGCACAACGACACCUUUGGGCGGAACAGCUUCUUGGGCGAAGUGGAGCUGGAUUUGUCAGAGUGGGACUUCAGCAACACACAGAUAAAUGAAUACACAUUAAAGUCCAGGUUGAUGUCAGCACAUUCCUCAAACCACCCGUCUCCUUCCCAUCUGAUGGACAGCAGCGGACAGAUGAGAGUGGCCCUGAGAUUCCUGCCGCAGACAUCCCACAGUAAGAGAACAUCUAGGAUGGAGACUGGUGAGGUGCAGAUUUGGGUGAAGGACUGCAAGAAUCUCCCUUCAGUCAGAGGAGUGAUCAUCGACCCGUUUGUCAAAUGCACUGUACUACCUGACACAAGCAGGAAAAUCCGCCAGAAGACACGGGUGGUGAAGAGGACAGCCAACCCCAUGUUCAACCACACCAUGGUGUACGACGGCUUCCGAACGGAGGACCUCAGAGAGGCCUGUGUGGAGGUCACAGUGUGGGAUCACGACAGACUGAGCAGCCACUACAUCGGCGGGCUGAGGCUUGGGCUAGGGACAGGGAAGAGUUAUGGGCUGGAGGUGGUCUGGAUGGAUUCGUCUGCAGCCGAAGCAGAUUUAUGGCAGAGGAUGUUAGAGUCUGAUGGUGAAUGGGUGGAGGAAGUUUUACCUCUGAGAAUGUUUGUGUUGGCCAAAAGCAUGUCAAAGUGAGAGUGUAGUGUGUUGAUAGAUGUGUGGAAACCUCUUUUGAGCACACUGAAUGAACAGUUGGAUAGUUGGAUCUACCCCUUGGGUGAAAGUUGCCACCUUGAUGAGCACUGUGUAUGUAUCUGGAUGACAGAUGAUUAUCGUAUGGUAAAUUAAUUUGGAUAAAUUUAUAUUAAUGAAAUAAACUACUUGAGUUUAUAUAGGCUAAACCACAUGUUAAAUGUAUCAUCUCAAAACGAUGAAUGAUUUAUAGAAAUAAUACAAAAUAGGGCAGAAGACACAAUCAAAGUUAUGAAAUUGUUGUGAUCUGAAGAUACAUCUAAUCUGAGCACUUGUGAUUUGUAUAAAAUGUUGUUGGUUGUUUGUGUAAUUAGUGCCUCAAGCAUCUUCAAUAAACAGAAUAUUUAGGUGA